AUGAUGAUCUCUAGCCUCUUCGUCGCCUUCCUGGCCGGCCUCACUGCUGCCUCGCCCUCCAGCCCACUCCACGAGCGUGAGCUGAAGAAACGAGCGACCACCCUCAUCCCAGACACCAGCUUCAGCUCCACCGAGACUUUUGAGUCCUAUUUCAACUACAACUACCCAUGGGGCGACACACACAACGGUGCCGCACUGAUGUCCAAGGCACAAGUCAGCAUUAUUCACAACGCCUACCUGCAGCUCAAGUCGGACUACACUGGGCCACAAUCGGGCAACAGCAAGCUGUCUUACAACAGUGGAACAGUAUAUGCGAAGCAGAAGUUCACGGUUCAGAAAGGCGGCGGUCUCGACUUCAAGGCCAACUUCGUGGCACCCGUUGCUAAGGGUACCUGGCCUGCUUUCUGGCUCAAUGGAGCCAAUAGCUGGCCUCCAGAGAUUGAUCUGGCCGAGUGGAAAGGCACUGGCAAGAUCAGCUUCAAUACCUUCAACACAAGCUCAGAGGUCAAGGCCGUGGAUGUGACUUACCCCUCGCCCACGACCGCGUGGCGUACGAUUCUCGCAGAGCUGCGCGCUGAGUCUGAUGGGACGACGGUGAAGAUUAACUUCUACAUGGAUGGCACGCUCAUCACGACGCAGUACGGGGCAAAGAUGGUUGGAGCGCCGUUCAACCUGAUCAUUGACUACCAAAUGCUUGGAUCCAGCGGCUCUCCCGGACCCACGACCACUACUUACUUCGACGUCCAGUAUCUGAGUGUCACGAGUUACAACCCUUGA